AUGCAGGAGGCAGCUUUACAAAAGCAUGUUGACGACGACUGUCUGACAUAUCUGCAACGCUUCUCUAGUUUAGCUGAGAUACGCCAUUUCCUCGCCUAUUGCGCGCGAUGGAUACUCAACGCUCGUCAGGUAACUGAGAAACGUCAAUACACUUACCUAUCAGCUCAAGAGCUUUCUUGGGCUUCUCCCUCUUCUUUUAGAGCACUACAAUGUCGACAUUUUCCCAUUAAAUUGGAGCAGCAACAGGCCAAAAACUCACUUUCCAAGCGAAGCAAUUUGGUACGAUUGGCACCCUACUUAGAUGAGAUUGGCCUCAUUAGAGUUGGCGGCCGUUUAGAAAAUGCUCCACUUUCAUACAGUGAGCGACACCCUAUCGUCCUGCCUGGCAAUGACACAAUCGUAAAGCAACUUGUCCAAGAUAAACACAUUAAUACACUGCAUGGAGGAGUACAACUCAUGCUCUCAAAGUUGUACCGAACUGUGUGGAUCACACGAGCCCAUCAGCUCGUCACACGAGUCUACCGGACUUGCUACAAGUACAUCAGACACAACCAGAGAAGGGGACAUCAGCAGAUGGCUGCACUACCAGCUCAAAGAGUUACUCCACUACGUCCAUUCGCCAUAACUGGGAUAGACUACGCAGGGCCAAUCCCAGUGCUUUUCUCCAAAGGUCGGGGUGCAAAAAGCGUGAAAGGUUACAAAGUGCUUUUUGUUUGCUUUGUAGUCAGAGCUAUCCACAUCAAAAUCGUGUCUGAUCUUACGACUGACGCAUUCAUGGCUGCGUAUGAUCGCUUGACAGCUCAACGAGGAGUCUGCGACACGAUCUACUCAGACAACGCAACAACAUUUAAAAGGUCAUCGGUGGAGCUCACCCGCAUGUUCUCUGAGACCUCUAAGUUCAACAAAACGGUCGCUGGUCAACUUGUAACUAGAGGCACAACAUGGAAGUUUAUUCCACCACGAGCGCCCCACUAUGGUGGCCUAUGGGAGGCUGCAGUACGCAGCUUCAAGUAUCACUUCAAAAGAGUAAUUGGCUAA